ACGUUAUCUAUUUUUUAUUUAUCUGUAAAUGUGGCUAAUUGCUUGCGUAUAUUCCUUCUGCUCAUCACCUGUGCCAUCAUGAUCAAACAAAAAAAUGCUUUUGUGUUUAUCUGCGAUUUCGUCGUUUGUCACCUGGCUUCUACUCGCGUGCAUUCUCCAUUAUUUUCCCUCUUUUUGGUUCUUAAAAUAUAAUUUGCCCUUGUUUUUGCUAUUCCACACUCACCAGGGUCACCAUACAUACAUACCAGCAUAUCUGCAAGGGCGCGCUGUCUUAUUACGCCUCCCUUUCUUUGCCAAAAGUCCCUCGAUUGCCAUGUGAUGUCGGAGAUCGCGUUCAUGUGGGGUGAGAAGGUGAAUAAGGGGAGGGAGAAGAUGAGAGGGGCUUGACAAUAUUAAAAAUAACAAACAGCUGCA